UGCCUUUUCUUUGCUUACUCAACCCGCCAAGCCAUCACACACUCUCACCUCUCUCUUUCUGCAAUUCCACCUUUUCCAUUUUCCCCAUAACUCUAUAUCUUUAUUUUUUAUGAUCCUCUCAGAUAAAUAGAAUGAAAAAAAAAUCAAGAGUUAGUGUGGAAAAUGAUGGGUUAAACAGGAAAAUAUAUUGGGAGCUGAGGCCAGGUGGAAUGCUUGUUCAAAAGAGGGACAUUGGGGAAGCCAAUUCUGGGAUUAUGAUCAAGAUCAAGGUUUCUCAUGGUUCUUAUUACCAUGAUGUCCUUGUCCAUGCUCAGUCCACUUUUGGUGAUCUGAAGAGAGUUCUUUCCCAUGAGACUGGGUUGGAGCCAAAGGAACAAAGAUUGUUGUUCAGAGGGAAAGAGAAGGAAGAUAAUGAAUGUCUGCACAUAGCAGGCGUAGAAGAUACGUCGAAGAUUGUAUUACUAGAGGACCCGGCUAGCAAAGAGAAGAAGCUUGAAGAGAUGAAGAAAAAUCAAGGCACAUUGAAAGCCUACGAGGAAGUUGCCAAAGUUAGAGCAGAGGUUGACAAGCUCUCUCAAAAGAUUGUUGAUUUGGAGACAAGUCUGUUAAGUGGCAUCAAGGUUUCAGAUAGGGAAAUUAUGGUCUUAACAGAGUUAUUCAUGGUGGAGUUACUUAAAUUGGAUUCGAUUGUAGCUGAUGGAGAAGCAAAAGUGCAGAGGCGGGUCGAGGUUCGACGUGUGCAGAGCUUUGUUGACACGCUCGACAAUCUGAAGGCGAGAAACUCUAAUCCAUUCAGCAAGAAGAGUAUCAACGCGGUCUCGGUCACUACAAAUUGGGAGAGGUUUGAGUUGGGGGUUGGAAGCCUGCAUGCCUCAACCCCAUUGCCAUCUUCUACCAAAAUAACCCAGGAUUGGGAAUUGUUGGACUAAGCUUAUUAUGUUCUUCUAAUUAUACCGCUUUUGUAUAAAUACACACACACACACACACAUAUAUGUAUCGUCAUAGGACCCGAACCCAUUUGAUGCAAUUUUGUACACUGAUUUUGAUUGGUGAAAGGUUGUACUCAAAGACCAUCACAAUGGAAACAGAAAUGAUAAACCCAAGGAAUUGGAUGCUCAGUCUCCAAAAUCUUGGUUGUUGCUUCCCCAAA